AUGUUGCAAACCAAUUCCAAUAAGCUUAAUAAUUUAGAGAAACUUAUCAAACUUCUCUCAAAAUCAAAUAGAGAUUUUAAUGAAAAUGAAAUCAUUCUCUAAAUAUUAUUAUCAUAUCAAUAUUUUAAAUAUUUUUAUGAUAUCCUUAUUCAACAAUUACCUUUAGAUCGCAUUAUAUUAGUAUUGCUUUUGUAAAUAAUUAGAUGAUGGAUUCAUUAAAAUUAGAAACUUUUAAGGAGAAUUCUCUUAUUUUUUAAGAAAAGGAUCCAUCAAAUUCCAAAAUAUACCUUAUCCUGUCUGGUUCAGUCUAUUUAUUAAGAAAUAAACCUUUGCAAUAAUUUUAUUUUAAUUCUACAAAGUACUAAUAACUCUAUUAAAGUUCAAACUUUUAUAAUAAAUAUGGUUAUAUAGUUAGGGAAUUGAGAUGUGGAGAUGGUUUUGGUGAUAAAAGUUUCUUGACAAAUUAACCAAGAUCCUUAUCAGCAAUAUCAAUUGAAAAAUUACAAUUAUUGAUAUUUGAUAAUUCGUUUUUAAAAGGAUUUGAGUCUGCAAUAAAUUAAUCAUAACUUAAAGCUAAAUCAUUAAUCUUUAAUUUUUUUCCAUCUGUAAUAUAUUUAUGCAAGCUUAGAUUAAAUCAAGUUAUUCUAAUGCCAGACUUGAGUCUAUAUUUUAUAGUUUUUAAGUAAAAAUAAUUUAGAUCUUUUAAAUAGUACAUUUAUUUAGCACGUGAUGAAAUAUUAUUUGAAGAAGGUAAUAAUGGAAAUGAAAUUUACAUAUUAUAAUAAGGAAAUUGUAUGAUUCAAAAAAGGUUUCAAAAUGAAAAUAUUUCAAUUACAAUUUAAGAUAAUAAUUGUUUAUUUGGAGAAGAGAUAUUUUUUUGUUAAAAAUAUGAUUAUACUAUUAAAGUCUAAUCUAUUUAAGCAUGUUUUUUAAAAAUCAAGAUUUAAGAUUUUGUAACUUUUCUUCCUGAUGAAUGUAAAAAAGUGUUGAAAUAACAUUAUGAUAUUCAUAAGAAUGAUAGAUUUCGUUUAUAUUAAUUGGCAGUUGAAAGGAAUUAAAAAUAACUAGAAGUUUAAAGAUUAAAAUUGGAGUAAAAUUUAGAAUUUAAUAUAUUAGAUCUAAGUAAUCUUAAAAAUUACAAAAAUAAUUAAAUAUGUAAAGUUAUUCAUAGAGUGAAACAGAAUUAUAAAUGAGAUUUGACAAGGACAUUUCAAAUUUUAGAAAUUUUAUAUCUGUUAGAACUAGUUCUCUCUAUUUUAAUUCAACAAGAGGAUUUUAAGCUUAAAAAUUUAAUAAUUAUUCUCCAUCAUUUAUAAUAGAUUAAUAAUAUAAAUUAUUAAAAGAACCAUUAAAUCCAAUUAAUAGUCCAUUAGAUUUUGGUAAAGGAGAAGCAGAAGAAAUGAGAAAAAGAACUUAAGUUUAAUUAUGUGUAAUGAGUAUGGAAAAAAUAAAUUAUUUAAAUUAAUUUAAGUCACCAAAAAUUCAUUAAUUGAAAAAUAGAUAUUUAAAAACUUUUAAAUAAUAAUAAAGGAAAUCAGUUUCAUAAAUGUCAAUUAGUACAGCAUUAACUCCAAAAAAAAGAUUAAGUUAUUUUUCACCAGAAGCAUCUAUGAUGAGUUUAGGUAAUUUUUGA